AUGGAACCCCCAAAUAAACGACACACAGCUAUUGAUUCCGAGUCCACUACUGCAGUUUCUCCUCUACACAAAGUUUCAGUUUCCGAUUCCUCACCACCACACUCCAAACAAAAUAGUGGAGAACACAUAUCAAUCUCACCGCCGGCAGGAAACUCACCGGACCGGUCAUCAGUUUCAUCUGAUCGAACCACUCUCACUCAUGGGUCCUCCCCAAGAGAACAUAAAGCCGCCUCCCCUCCACCGGAGGCGGAGAGUCCUCCUCCAAAGAACUCGCCAGAGAAUCAUCCGGCUGUUGUGAACUGGUCUGUUGUAGAAGAGCCUAUGGCAAUAGUGGCCAAGACUGAUCCGGGUGGCCCAGAUGGAAAACCCGUCGGAGAAACUAUUGGUGGACAUGGCGGUGGAAGUGGGCGGCGGAGGCCGUCGCUUUCUAUAUCGAGUAGAACCAAGAGGGAAAAAAUGGUGAAAAAAGCUGCUUUGGGGUUUAGGAUUUUUGGGUUCUUGUUUUGCUUGGCUUCGGUCUCAGUUAUGGCAGCUGAUAGAAAUCAGGGCUGGGCUCUUGAUUCUUUCGAACGUUAUAAAGAAUUCAAGUACUGUAUGUCAAUAAACGUGAUAGGAUUUGUAUACUCAGGCGCACAAGCGAUCGGUUUGUCUUACAAUUUAGCCACCGAAAAGUAUAUUUUUCAGCAUCAACAGCAACUCCGGUAUUAUUUUGAUUUCGCCAUUGAUCAGAUAAUUACUUAUCUUCUGAUAUCGGCUUCUUCAUCAGCUACAACCAGAAUUGACGACUGGCAAUCCAAUUGGGGGAACGACAAGUUCCCAACCAUGGCAAGCGCUUCUGUGUCGAUGUCGUUCCUUGCAUUUGUUGCCCUAGCGGCUAGUUCGCUUAUAUCCGGUUAUGCUCUUUGCACCUCCAAGUCAAUGUAG